AUCACUACCUACCUUACCUCCACUAUCUGUGCACUGACCUUACGGUACCUUUAGCAAUCAACACCACUCUCAUCAACAAGGUAUCUGCUAUCUGCUCGGCGACAACAAUCCGGGACAUCUUGAAAACACCAGACUCGCACCAUAAUUCCAGCCGGGACUACGCACACCAAAUAUGGACUCGGCUCCCACAGAGCUUGCCGCCACUAUCCAGGCUGCAAGCAUCGAACACCAUCCAGAUCCUGCUCUUGAUACCAACCCGCCCACAGCAGCCGAGAGAAGACAACCUGUGACCCUAGAGCACGUCAAGCACGAGCACGACGAUGGAAUCGACGAGGAGGAGGAUGAAGAAGAGGACAUCCCCUACAGCGUUCUCCGACCGGCGCCCAGACAUUCCCACCUACCUCCUCUGCCAGAUCUGCGCUUCGAGCAGAGCUAUCUUCGAAGUAUCUCCAAGGCGGAUACAUGGUGGAAGGUGGCGUUGAUCACAACGAGGGAUCAGGCAUGUAUAUGUAGAGUAUCAAAGCUUCUGGUUGCUAACACGGUGCCAGAUCAUCAUGCCCUUGACCCAGGGCUUAGUGUACAACCUCUUCCUCUGUGGCUGGCAACAUUGGAACAGAAAUGCUCGAUUGCACGGCAACACAUUAGGUGCGCGAGUAAGACGCUGGUGGUGGGGAGUCAACAAUUGGAAGAUACCUACCCAUCCUAAGAGAGGUUGACGAGAUCGGGAGUUGAAAAGACUACACACAAUACUCAGGAGGCCGAUCGCAUUGCCAUGU